AUGCGCGCUUCAUUGAUCGCUGCCUUAUGUGGCGCUGCCACCACCUUUGCGAUCCCCACCAUCGAGGCUGUUGGGAACAAGUUCUUCACCAGUGAUGGUGAUCAGUUCUUCAUCAAGGGUGUUGCUUACCAACUGGUUCCUGACGAUCCCUUGGUCGACACCGAACAAUGCACACGAGAUGCGACACUGAUGAAGAAGCUCGGUGUCAACACCAUUCGUGUCUACCACGUCGAUGCGAACGGGGACCACGACGGCUGCAUGAAGGCUUUCUCGGACGCUGGUAUCUACACCAUGGUAGAUAUGGAUACCUUCUCCACGUACAUCCUGCCCAACGACCCCUACUGGAAUCAAGACCAGUUCGAUUCCUAUUCCGGGGUCCUGGAUACUUUCCAGCAGUACGACAACCUGCUCGGCUUGUUCGUGGGUAACGAAAUCAUCGCCAUCAACAACCAAUCGCACGCUGCGCCCUUCAUCAAGGCUGCCUGCCGGGAUCUGAAGGCAUACCGGGAUUCAAAGGGCUACCGGAAGAUCCCCGUCGGCUACUCUGCUACUGACAUUGCUGAGCUUCGCCCGUGGAUCCAGGAUUACCUCACCUGUGGUGGCAACUCCAGCGAAAACAUCGACUUCUACGGCCUGAACUCGUACCAAUGGUGCGAUCCAACCACCUAUGAACAAUCGGGCUACGCGAACCUCCAGGAACAGGCCAAGAAUUUCCCCGUUCCCAUUUUCUUCUCUGAAACUGGGUGUAACAAACCGGGCCCGCGUCUGUUUGAAGACCAGGCCGCCAUAUUCGGCGAAGACAUGAUACACGACUGGAGUGGAGCUAUCAUCUACGAAUGGCUCCAAGAAGCCAAUGAUUAUGGUCUUAUCUCAUACGGACCUACCGUCGCUGCGACUGCCACGGGCGCAAACAUUGAAGGUGGCUUCUCGCGAGCGGGAACUCCCACGCCUGUCUCGCCUGACUUUUCCAACUUGAGCGAACAGUGGGCAAGAAUCACGCCAACAGGUGUUGCCAGAUCCGACUACGAUGCCAGCUCCGUCUCGACACGGGAGUGCCCAGCUUCCACGCCCGGUGGAUGGCUCGUCCAGGGCAAUGUCGCUCUCCCCACUUUGGGAGCUACCCUGGGCAGCAGUACCUACUCGUCUAUGCCAUCUGCUACUGGCACUGGUGCUGCUGCUGCUGCCAGCCCGUCUGAGACAAAAAAUGCAGUCGCCGGUUCCAAGGAGAUCGCCUCUAUGGGGGCUGGUCUUGCGGGUGUCAUGAUGAUUUUCACAUUUUGGCUUUGA